AGGUUAUAGGUUAGGUACGGUAUUUGACGUUUCGCUGAAAAUUUAUACAGCGAAAAACAUAUGAUUUUUGUUAUUACCUUUUUUUUGAGAUAAAAAUAAACGAAAAAUAAAUAAAAAAAAUUUUUAUUUGUUUUUUUUUAUCUAAAUGGUAUUUUUUAUUAUUUUUCAAAAUAGAAAAGAAAUAACGAAUAACAAACAUUAUAACCUAUAAAUUUUGUGUUGAUAAUAUAUUUAUAAUAAAUAAAUAAUUUAAAAAUUUUUUUUGUAUAAAACAUUUGUUAGGUUAGAUAAAUAAAAGAAAAAAAUGGCAGAAAUCGAUUGGAUCUCAAGAACAUAUGAAUAUGGAUCUCCAAAAUGUCCACGAUUAGAAGAAGUUUUGGACCAUCCCCUUAAACCUUUAAUAGUUUCGGUUGUCGAUGGACGCAGUAUUGUUCGUCGAGGUACUUUACGAAGUACAAGUACUAGUUCCUCGACAAGAACACCAACACCAACCCAAAGUUCCACGCCAAAUAUCAAAACAUUCGCCGAUCCUUUAUUAGGUCAUUCCAAUCUCGAUGGUACAGAUCCACUUACACUAUUUGCUCGCGAGGAAUUGGAUCCCCUGUCAAAAAUGGCAACGGACGAGUGGGACUACUCAGCGAAUGUCACACAUACUAAAAAAUUCAAGGACAAAACGGAAGAAUUAGUCGAACCCUGGACAUCGAGACGUAAUUUAAUUUUAAAUAAAUACACGACCAAUGAAAAAUUGUCAAUUAUCACUAGUUUUUUGUCCGGAGGCGAAAGAGUUGUCGUUAAAGUUCAACCGAGUGGAACUGUCGAUAGAGUAAAAACAAGAUUGGAAAGAUUAGAUGAAUUUGAAGAAGGCUCCGUUCGACAAUUACUCGAUUUAUCACAACAAGAAUAUAUGGCAAGAAUUGAACAAUUAAAUAAUGAACUUGUACAAGCAUGGCACUCGGAUUUUCGUGUUAAAGCUCUGAAAAUUGCUAUACAGUGCGCAAAAUUGUUAGGUGACACAUCAGCGAUUGCCUUUUAUCCCAGCAAAUUUGUCCUUAUCACUGAUAUUUUGGAUAUUUUCGGCAAACUUGUCUAUGAAAGAUUAAAAAUGAAAGCCGAGUCUCAUAAACCUGGAAGUAAAAGUUCGACAAGUUUACCGGAAAAUUUUACACCCGAUAUGGUACCUGAAAGUGCAAAAGAAACUUGUCAGAAUUGGUUCUAUAAAAUUGCAUCAAUUCGAGAAUUGGUACCGAGACUUUUUGUUGAAAUGGCAAUUAUUAAAUCGUAUAAUUUCUUAACAACAAGUGAAUCAAUUUCGGCAUUACGUAGAAUAACACGAAUGAUUCGUGGAAUUGGUAAUCCAUUAAUUGGAAUUUAUGCACGUUGUUAUUUGUGUCGUGUUGGAUUGGCAUUGAAUAAAAAUAUGGAUUUUGAAUUUGCCAAGGAGAAUUUUUAUGAUUUUCUUUGUACAUUUCAACAACUUUUUACGCCAUCAAUGAAAAUUGAAUUGAAUAAACAAAAUAUUUCAUUUCAUUCGUAUUUAAGCCUCUAUACGCCUGCACUCGAAUGGAUAUUAGAAAUUGUCGCUGCAACUGCUUCGGAUAAUUUAUUGACCGAAAUUAUUUCACGUUGUAAAUUGAUGCCAAAAAGUGGAUUAUUAAUAAACACAGCGUUAACAUCUUUUAAAUCAUCCUACAUUGCAGCAAGAUCAAUGGAAUUUGUAAAUCUAGUUACAACUUGUGAAGAUGACGGAUUUCCACAAUAUCUUCUGUAUCGAAAUUUAGGCGAAUGUUUUGUAAAAGAACCGCCAGCAAAAGAUGAUUGUCAAUUGGUUUUAAAUGACGUUUGGAAAUAUUUGGCAAGCCUCAAAGAUUCCACAAAAUUUAUGUACUGCACUGAAAUUUGGAUUCAAUUUACAGUUAUUCAUUUUUCUGUGACCGAACUAAAUCAAUUUUUGGGAGCUGUUAUCAAUCAUUUGGGCUCAAAUCGUGCAUUUGAACAAUUUUAUCCACAAUUACAGACAAUUGUCGAGAAAAUUGUUGCACACACACAAGAUUUUGAAUCCUUGCUAAUAAUGAAUAAUUUUUUGCCGCUAUUGGAUCUUUUUCAUAAAGAAAGCAUUAAAGUUGAUGUAUGUAAAAUAAUUGUCGAAGGAUUUGGCGCACAAAAUGGACCAAUCACAGAUCCAAUUGUCAUUAAUGCACUUAUGUUUAUUAUGAAAAUUAUUCACGACUCUGUUAGUGCAUUGACUGUGGAGGAUGAGAAACGACAAAUUGGUAAUUUAAUUUGCGGUCUUGUUCAACGAAUCGAUUAUGGACGAGAUUUUGAGAAACAAUUAAAUUUUUAUGUCGAGGCAAGAGCUGCAUUUCCAAAUCUUGACGCCGUUCAUAUUCAACUUGUUCAGUGUGUAAACAGAUUGGCAGUUGAUACGAGAAAAAUUGUACGUGGCCAUCAUACGCGACGAACAUCUGCAUUUGUUCGUGCAUGUGCGGCAUUUUGUUUUAUUACAAUUCCCUCAUUAUCAUCAGUACAUUCGCGUCUUCAAUUAUAUCUUCUAUCGGGUCAAGUUUCACUUCUAAAUCAAUGUCUUGGGCAAGCCGAUGCAUGUUUUAAAGCGGCAUUGAGCCUCGUGCCUGAAAUGCCUAAAACAAUUGAUAUCGAUGGAAGGCAAAAAAGUACUGAACCAUGUUUGCUUUCGUAUCUUUCAAAUUUUUUGUCUACUCUCCUUGUUGUUCCAGAUAGUCCAGAGCAUGGAGUUUUAUAUUUAAUGCGAGGACUACUCAAUGCAAUUCAACGUUGCUUUGAGGAACAUUCAUCGACAAAAUAUUAUCUCUAUCUACGAGUUCUUGAUCUCCUCAGUACAUAUACUCAAGAAAAUUAUCCAUAUCAUGUUGACAAGGUCGAUUCAAAUGAUCGUCUCUAUGGCUCUGAUCAUAAAUUCAUUGGCGAAGUAAACAAAAUAUCAUCAAAAGUGUUACAUGAAAUUUUAACACAUUUAAAAUAUUUAAGUACUAGUGAUCAAUUGGAAAAACAAUCGCAACUCGCAUUAGAUUUAUUUAUUCGUAUGAUAAUAAGAGCCGAUUUACAACAAUCAACAAUGACAACAUUGGCGAUUAAUUUAUGGAAUUUGUCACAAAAAAAUGGAAACGAAGAACAAAAUAGAAAAAUUUGUCAACGAAUUAUUUCUCAUAUGAUAUUUAAAAGUCGAUCUCCAGAUUUUGAGCAUUUUGGUGAGAUUUUACAAAAAAUUGUUAAAACAUAAAUAUUUUUGACACUUAAAAAAGAAAAAAUUUUGUUAUUUAAUUGACAAAUUAAGACUGUAUAUCCUAAAUAUGACAAUUAUUAAAUUAAUUAAUAAAUAAAUACUUGUUUUUUUAAAAAAA